GAAGCUCAUGCUUCUACUUCGCGAGCUGCCUUCGCCUUUUGCCGUGCUCUUUAGCUGUCGGCCGGAGUCUAUAGUUCUUUCGGCUUGGACUAGAGCACAAGAUCAGGGUCUUGUGAUCCCCUAUGAAGAUGUGGAUCGGAUUGAACUGGACACUCUCCGCACCAUCCGUUGCAUGGUGGAUGAAGGGUUUCACGAUUUUAUCAAGGACUCCCCAGCGUGGAAACCAUCUGAUGAAGAUCUUGAUGUCUUUGCGAGAGGUUGCCGUGGAUUGCCUAUCAUGGCUUCAACCCGAAUACGUGAAGCGCAGUCUCAGAUUCGGUACUACGGUUCUUCUCUUAAAUUAGAGUUUGAAUAUCUCCGUAAUCUUAACGAAAUACCUAUGGAUCUGAAGUCGGAGUACUUGCGAAUCAUGCGACGAGCCUACAUGCGGAAUUCCUCCAGUAUUCGUCAACAGGUGGCCAAGAACUAUCGCAAAGUAGUCGGCAUACUUGUUGCUGCAAGCUGGAGUGAUCUUGGCACUGACGACAUAUCGCAACUCCUAGGAAUUGCCGAGGAUGAAGUGCGCUCAACACUAAGACCCAUCAGCUCGAUCGUCGAUCUUCCUUCAGACAACAAGCAGACUGUCAAGUUCUACCAUGCGACGGCAAAGGAGUUCAUUACAGGAAAUCCCAUCGGCGAGAAACAAGAUGAAGUAUUUUUUAUUCAUGAUGUCAAGGGGCAUAGCAUUGGAUUACGACUUCUUCAAUUUAUAAAUGAUGUCAUUCAGACGAAUGAGUUUGGCAUCCCCACCGAACUCCCUUUGGGAGAUAGAAAGAAGUGGGAGCUCUUUCAGAGCAAGCAGAAACCUAGAGUUGUCGAAAAUGUGUUCUCUCACUUGUUCUCUCACUUGGAUCCUUCGCUGCUCUUUUCACAAGAAUCAAAUGAAUUGCAAAGAGGGUUUGAACGAUUCCUUUCAAAUAACUUACUCUUAUUCUACUCAUGGCCCCAGAACACAUGUGGUCAAUGGAAUUCGAGUGCACAUAACCACAAAUCAAUGGCGCUGGUCAGGGAGGCAAUCAAUCUUAUAGGGAGGUUGGGUCUCAACGCUGAUCCUUGGCAUGUUUAUCGAUCGGGCCUUCCAUUCACCCCAUUGUCAUCACCCCUCUAUGAAAUCUAUGGCCAUCUCUCAGAUUCUGUUCGAGUCUUCAGUGUAUCCGGCGAGUUUUCCGGUGGAUUUAUUCCUUUGAGCGAGGGUGCACGUGUGGCUCAAGAGAUCAUGAAGGCAAAACAGACUGAACUGCCAAAGAAGUUGAAUGAACACGAUGGGGAAGAAACUAAUUACGAAGCAGAGUUCGCUGAACAUGGUGUUCGCAACGGAAUCGUGACCUCUGCAGCAAUCUCUCAAAAUGGUUCCUAUGUCGCCCUUGGCUUUGGAAACGGGGUCAUUGAGGUUGCUAAUAUAGACGAUCAGCACAUAAUUUCUCGAUUCCAAUGCAAUCCUCCCAAGCAUCCAGUUUGGAUCGAGUUUAUCCACGGCGACAACGUUCAGAUUGCCACUGAGGAUACUGAUGGAAACAUCAUGAUUCUCGGUCCUGGAACAAGUAUGACAAAGCUUGGCACCCUUCCCAGCGGUUGUUUCCCUGCUGUAACUGCAGUGUCGAACAAUGGAUCUUUCAUCAUACGAGUCCCACAAAAUCUCGGCCAGGCUUGGUACGAGAACAUGGCACUCAUCCGUUUUUCGGGCAAGCCAUCCAUUCAGCUCCUUGCAUCUCCUUCCACCCCUUCCCCUGUUCAGUCUCCCCAAUCCCACUCUGAUCUAUCCAUUCCUCAACGUCACACAGUUCGAUUCUCUCCAGGGGGCCGAUAUGUCGGCGCUUACGACAGAAACUGUGCGUUCAUCUGGUCAACAGAUUCACACAACUUGUGGAUUGCUCAAUAUCGUGUGCAAAAUUUUAAGACUUGGAUUUUCAACAUGGGUCUUGAACCUCCUUGCCUGCAUGACAUCCCUAUGCCUGUACUUCGUAAUCCCACGUUGCCUUUGAUUCUAGAAGAUGGUGCAACUCAUCCACCAAGUACCGAGCCAGAUUUAGGGCACAAUGCGGAUGAAUCCUGGUUGAAGCACCCUUUUUACGACCUCUCACCCAGCAUAAAAAGUAGCGAGGAUCGCGUUAUUGAAUUCUAUUCCUCCGCAAUGGGAAGGAUCCCAUUAACUGUUACGAGAAAGAAGCCUGGUACGGUGAUGUGAUACUCAAGGGUGGUGAUGGUGGGAUAGACUCGCACAGCGUAUAUUUUCCUCGGGCAAGCAAGGAUGGAACUCGAUUCCUG